AUGUUCCUAUCAAUCACUUUCCUGCUCGGCAGCCUCGUCACGGUCAGCGUCGCCUCGGACUGUGGCCCCCAAUUGCCCAUAGUACCCCUUGACCAAGGCGCAGCAUGCGCCUGUGUGCAACUCGCGACCGCCUACGGCGAUGCCGUCCUAUACCAGAACUCGACCAACUACAUGGCCGAGUCCAUCAACAACUGGGACAAGCGGUGCAACCUGGAGCCAAAGUGUAUAUUUAUGCCUACCGAAGCCGAGCAAGUCUCCAAAGCUCUUUCAGUACUCUCGUCAUGUGGAGCUCAGUUUGCCAUUCGUGGCGGCGGACAUAUGAAUUUCCCCGGCUCAAACAACAUCGAUGGCGGCGUCUUGCUCGCGCUGAAUAACCUGACGCACCUCGAGGUUUCCAGCGACAAUACAACCAUCGAGGUUGGUCCCGGUAACCGCUGGGUGGACGUGUACACCGAGCUGGAUAAAUACGACCGUUAUGCAAUUGGUGGCAGACUAAAGACAAUCGGCGUCCCGGGCCUCUCGCUCAUCGGUGGUUGGCACUACCUUAACAACAAAUAUGGCUGGGCUAUGGACAACGUUGUUAGUUACGACGUGGUGCUUGGCAAUGGCUCCCAGCUCGUGGCCGACGUUACUUCCAACCCCGAUUUAUUCUGGGCUCUCAAAGGUGGUGCUGCCAACUUUGGCGUCGUCACCAAGUUUACGCUGAAAACGUUCCCCAUCUCGCAGCUCAGCACGACCAUUCAAAGCUUCAACGAGUCCGACCUUCCAGAAUUCAUUGAUGCUACUUGUGACCUGGUGGAAAAUGACUUCCCCGACAUUGCCGCGGGUGGUGUCAUUUCUGUGAGCUACAACCAGACCACCGACACCUUUACCGGCCAGCUGCUGGGCGUACAAGAAGGCACAGAGUCGCCGCCGUCCCGAUUUGCCAACUACUCCGCUAUUCCGUCGAUUUCUGCAAUGAACAAUGUGGUCCGUCCCGUGCAGUGGCACGCCAACCUCGAUACUCCUAAUCAGAUGUUCCGCGUCCAAGACUUCCACCACACCAUUAAAGCCGACAAGGCUCAGCUGCGUACCAUUUUUGCCGCAUGGCAGGAGGCAGUCCGAAAGGGCAUCUCGGACGUCGAGGGCCUGUAUGCCACGUUUGUCAUGAACAUAAUGCCCAAGAGCGCCAACACGGUUGCCAAGACUAAUGGCGUCGGCAACGUUUGGGGCAUGGACGAUGACGAGUCGUAUAUCCUGUGGCAGUUCUCAACCGCCUGGGCCAACAAGGCAGACGACCUGCGCAUGACCAAUUGGGCGCACAACCUCGUCGAGUACUGGCACCAGGACAACCAAGUCAAAGGCCUAGCGCACGACUUCAUUUAUGCCGGCGAUACUAGCGAGUACCAGGACAUCUUUGCCAGCUUUCCCUUGGAAAACGUCCAGCGGCUGAAAGAGAUUCGGUCUGUUUAUGAUCCUAUGGGCGUCUUUAGCCGCCUUAACUGGGGUGGCUACAAGCUGUCCAUUUAA